AUGGCCAGCGGUGCAAUUGAGCCGUUUCUGAAGGGCAGCACCUCUGAAAACACCCGUGGCCUGCUGCGUGUCGUUAUCUUGCUGCUCAUCGCCGCAACUGCAGUCGCUAGCAGAUUGUUCAGUGUGAUAAGAUUCGAAAGUAUCAUCCAUGAAUUCGAUCCGUGGUUUAAUUUCAGAGCUACAAAAUACCUCGUUGAGAAUGGCUUCUACAAGUUCUGGGACUGGUUUGAUGACCGAACAUGGCAUCCCCUUGGACGUGUCACUGGUGGCACUCUUUACCCUGGCUUAAUGGUCACCAGUGGUGUCAUCUAUAAACUCCUCCGACUCAUUUCGCUCCCCGUCGACAUUCGCAACGUAUGCGUUUUACUUGCUCCCGCCUUCUCUGGCCUGACGGCUCUGGCCAUGUACCUCCUCACCACUGAGAUGGCUCCCUCGCCAUCAGCCGGCCUUCUCGCUGCUGCUUUUGUCGGAAUUGCACCAGGCUAUAUCUCCCGCUCCGUGGCUGGAAGUUACGAUAACGAAGCAAUUGCCAUCUUCCUUCUGGUCUUCACAUUCUUCCUCUGGAUCAAGGCUGUGAAGAAUGGGUCGAUCAUGUGGGGUGCUUUGACAGCUUUGUUCUAUGGAUACAUGGUGUCCGCCUGGGGUGGAUAUGUGUUCAUUACCAAUUUGAUCCCUCUCCAUGUGUUUGUUCUCAUUUGCAUGGGGAGGUACACCUCCCGUCUGUAUAUCAGUUAUACCACAUGGUAUGCUCUGGGGACCCUCGCCAGCAUGCAAGUUCCAUUUGUUGGUUUCCUACCAAUUCGAAACAGUGAUCAUAUGGCAGCCCUUGGUAUCUUCGGCCUGCUUCAGAUUGUUGCCUUUGUAGAGUUCCUACGUGCCCAAGUCCCCAGCAAACAGUUCCAGACGGUCCUUACUAGCCUUGUCCUCUUGAUUUUCGUCGUGUCAUUUGCUGGACUGGUACUUCUAACCGUCUCAGGAGUUAUUGCACCAUGGAGUGGUCGAUUCUAUUCAUUGUGGGACACUGGUUAUGCAAAGAUUCACAUCCCCAUCAUUGCAUCCGUCUCAGAACAUCAGCCCACCGCCUGGCCGGCUUUCUAUUUUGACCUGAACAUGAUGAUCUGGCUGUUCCCACCGGGCGUAUAUAUGUGCUUCUAUAGACUCAAGGAUGAGCAUGUCUUUGUUAUCAUCUAUGCUGUUCUGGCGAGUUACUUUGCUGGAGUCAUGGUCCGAUUGAUGUUAACACUUACCCCUGUUGUCUGUGUUGCCGCUGGACUGGCCCUGUCCCAGAUACUGGAUGUCUAUCUGCGUAUUGACUCCCCCAACCCGGAUACCCAAAAACAAGGAUCUGGUGACAAGUCAGCUCAGGGAGGUCUACGCAUUGCCCGCAAUAAGGUUGUGGGUAUUUACUCCAACUUCUCAAAGCUAGUGGUGUCUGGAACUGUUCUGGUUUAUCUUCUCUUCUUCGUUGCUCACUGUACAUGGGUCACUUCCAACGCUUAUUCAUCUCCCUCUGUUGUGUUAGCCAGCAAAUUACCCGACGGCAGCCAAUUUAUUAUUGACGACUACCGCGAGGCAUACUACUGGCUUCGACAAAACACCCCCAAGAACUCGAAAAUUAUGGCCUGGUGGGAUUACGGCUAUCAAAUUGGAGGUAUGGCCGAUCGACCAACUUUAGUCGAUAACAAUACCUGGAACAACACCCAUAUUGCCACAGUUGGUAAAGCAAUGAGUUCCAGUGAGGAAGUCAGUUAUCCCAUCUUGAGACAACAUGACGUGGAUUACGUGCUCGUCGUGUUCGGAGGUCUGUUAGGAUACUCUGGAGACGACAUCAACAAAUUCUUGUGGAUGAUCCGUAUUGCGGAGGGCAUCUGGCCUGAAGAGGUCAAGGAACGAAACUUUUUCACGGAUCGCGGAGAAUAUCGCGUUGACGAGCAUGCCACGCCGGCUAUGCGCAACAGUUUAAUGUACAAAAUGUCCUACUAUAACUUUAACAGCCUUUUUCCUCCAGGCCAAGCCCAGGACCGUGUCCGUGGUGUCCGAGUUCCAUCUCAAGGGCCUCAACUCACCACGAUUGAGGAGGCAUUCACUAGUGAGAACUGGAUCAUUCGAAUCUACAAGGUGAAGGACCUCGAUAAUCUAGGUCGAGACCAUGGAAGUGCGACUGCAUUUGAGAAAGGGCACAAGAAGAAGACUACUGCUAGCAAAAAGCGAGGGAGACCAGUGUUGCGAACUGAAUAA